CCGGAAUCUGUGGAAUUUGGGUUGUUCAUCUCUGCAGACUCUCAAAUCUACCAUUUACACGGAACUCUGUUAGGCCUUAUUGGCUGGGAUAGUUCAGAAUGUCACAAGCUGAUAAAAUGAAGCAGGGGCAGUUCACAAACCCCGAAACCCCAGGAUAUGUGGGCUUUGCCAAUCUCCCAAACCAGGUCCACCGGAAAUCAGUGAAAAAAGGUUUUGAAUUCACUCUCAUGGUGGUGGGGGAGUCUGGUUUGGGGAAGUCUACUCUGAUCAAUAGCCUGUUCCUCACUGAUCUCUAUCCAGAGAGAGUCAUCCCUGGAGCCGCAGAGAAGAUAGAGCGCACUGUGCAGAUUGAGGCCUCCACGGUGGAGAUAGAAGAGCGUGGAGUGAAGCUUCGCCUCACUGUGGUCGACACUCCCGGAUACGGAGAUGCCAUCAACAGCCAGGACUGUUUCAGCACCAUCAUCUCGUACAUCGACGACCAGUUUGAGCGCUACCUGCACGAUGAGAGUGGGCUAAACCGCAGGCACAUCGUGGACAAUCGCGUUCACUGCUGUUUCUACUUCAUAUCCCCCCUGGGUCAUGGCCUGAAGCCCUUAGAUGUGGAGUUCAUGAAGGCCAUUCAUAAUAAAGUGAACGUGGUCCCUGUGAUUGCCAAGGCAGAUACACUCACUCUCAAAGAGAGAGAGAGGCUUAAGCGCAGGAUCUUGGAUGAGAUUGAUGAGCACGGCAUUAAGAUCUAUCAUCUGCCUGAUGCCGAGUCUGAUGAAGAUGAAGACUUCAAGGAGCAGACCAGAAUUCUGAAGGCCAGUAUCCCAUUCGCAGUGGUGGGCUCCAACCAGCAGAUUGAGGCCAAGGGGAAGAAGGUGCGCGGCCGUCUCUACCCGUGGGGCGUAGUUGAGGUGGAGAACCCUGAACACAAUGACUUUCUCAAGUUGCGCACCAUGCUCAUCACACACAUGCAAGACCUACAGGAGGUGACCCAGGACCUGCACUAUGAGAACUUCCGUUCAGAGCGUCUCAAACGGGGCGGCAGCACAACGUCACCAGGCACUGGGCUUGGGAUUUCAGUCCUAGAGGUCUCUACCACCCCUGUGUUCAGGAAGGGCCCGGAGCCUGAGGAAAUGGACAAGGACAUGAUCCUGCAGGAGAAGGAAGCAGAGCUGAGGCGAAUGCAGGAGAUGAUUGCUAAGAUGCAGGCGCAGAUGCAGAAGCAGGGAGACGGAGAGGGCGACGGACCGCAUGUGUGAAGGACCAAAUGCAGAACUGCCGUAUAAACAUGGCCAGAGAGAGAGAGAGAGAGAGAGCUGGAGGAAUGAGAGAAGGAGCAGUGGAAAAAAUAGAGGGUUUGAGAGAUGGAGACUGGUCAUUGUCUGAUACUGCUUGCCACUAUCAUAGUUUCUUCUACUCCUUUUACAGAUAUUUUUUUUUGGUUUGGUUUCUUUUUGUAUUUGCAGUAUUAUUUUUGUAUUUACAGUGUUUCUAAUAAUAGUUCAUUUAUUUGUACCAAUAUACCGAACAAUGCCAGUAAUCUAAAUGAAGAAUACGCGCCAUUUAUUGAAGUUACGUUAUUAUCUUCUAGAGCUGUUUAUGUGAUAAUAUUUUGUUCCUUUUUUUUUUCCUGUUUUUGAAAGAGCCAAAACGUUGCUGUCAACCUACAGUAAGCACUCACUGCUGUAUAACAUCUGGUGUUUUGGGGUGGCACUUAUGGCCCUCUGAAAAAGAGAAGAAGAAGAAGAAAAAAAAAAAAAGAACCUGUUGACUUGUUAAUCAUGUUCUCAGCACUGCCAGCCUGUGCGUAAAGCUAUGGAAUCACUGUGAACCCUUGCAGCAGCUCUUUCAGAUUUUAUCGUACAAAAACGUAUUACUUGACGGUUGUGGCAGAAAGGCUAGAGGAUUUCUCGCGGCCUUCUGCCGAGUAUAACAUUAUAAUAUUUAAUUACAGCCCCUGUUCUUUUAUACUGGAUUUCCCUUAAAGUGGCUCUUCCCUGCUUUGCAUGUCGGUCUGUGUGUGACCACAUUCACCAAAGUGUUAAAAUGACCUUAAGUGGUAUGCAAAUAUAUGCAUUACACUGUAAGCCAUUAUCCAAUGCCCAUAAACCCUAGUGAAGAGAAGGCCAUUCACUGCACUAAUUGGUGGUGAAUCUGUGUCUCGGUGGAUACUGUUCUGAAGUCAUUGUCAGACUUGAGUUGGUUCUCUGUACAGUGUGCUGGAGUGUUGAGCAGGAAUGCAAAAGCGUAUAUUACUGUGUCCCUUAUUAUGAGAGCAUGCCAGAUACGUCCCCUUCCAUGGGUAAGGCAGAUUGGAGCCCAUUUCUGUCUUUGCGGUUUGUGUGUAAGUGAUAUGUCUGCCUGCAUCCUACACAGUAUAUGUUCUUUACAGCUGCCAUGUAUUCGGUUUGAUCUGUUACACCCAUAACCAGCACCUAUGAUGAGUCCCCAUCUGGUUCUCUGUUUCAUCUCUUCAUCUGUUAACAUUCCAGUUUUUGCCCUUUUAAUGAGAACUAUUUUAAUAAACCCUUGUUAGCCGUUACCUUGUAAUAAAUUUCAUUAAAGCUUG